GACGGGUGACUGCUGGUUAGUUUGUGCUCUAAUUUAUUAUUAAGGUUGUGUGGACUAUCACUGCGCACUUCGGCCUUAUUUUACUACAACAACACCAGCCAUUUCACAUCAAUGAACACAGGAAAUAACAAAUUAAUUGAAUAAAACACUAAUUCCGACGAAUACUGCGACGUUAGAAGAACGCAGACAGAUGGAUUCGAAAAGGCCAGCUCCUGACACCACAUAAAUCAACAAACAGCGGAUAAAAAGAAAAUCCUGUUUUGAUUAACUAAAGGCUCUGUCAGCUAAGGAGGAGGCGGCCCAAGUCAUAUAGUCUCAGAGAGAAUCAAACUGGCUGAAAACCCCACCAAAUGCAAACAAUGGCUGCCUUAAUUAGAGCAAAAUACAGAGACGACUGAGAUCCCUAUGCUACAGGCCAUCUUUUCUCACCAGGUGUGAUGGCCAACACUGUUGCCACUCUGGUGGUCCAAACUGAAAUCUUACCUUCUCAAACAUCCUCAUCCCUUUCUCCCUUUCCUUCCCUCCUCCCCACUGUAGUGGAUGGGGAGGAGGAUGGAGAGAAGGGAGAAGAACAGGGGAAAGAGUCAGGAACCGUGCUCACAGGUGACAUUGUGACCUCAUCAAUACCUCCUGUUACGACGGUGGCCCAAAACCCAGAGCAUCCAUUUGAGUGUUUGGACUGUGGCAAGAGUUUUAAGUGGUCAUCCAGACUGGCACAUCAUCAGAGGAGCCAUAACAAUGAGAGGCCAUAUCGCUGUAACCUCUGUCCUAAGGCUUUCAAGGGCUCAUCUGCCUUGCUUUACCACCAGAGGUCUCAUUCAGGAGAAAAGCCCUAUAAAUGUGACGACUGUGGAAAAGCCUUCAAGCGCUCCUCUCUUCUGCAGAUUCAUCGCAGUGUGCAUACAGGUCUGCGCACUUUCCAGUGCUCGUAUUGCCCUUUGACCUUCAAAUGGAGCUCACACUACCAGUAUCACCUCCGCCAGCACACUGGUGAAUGUCCGUACCCAUGUGACAUCUGCUCCAAAGCCUUUAAGAACUCCAGCAGCCUGCGUCGCCAUAAGAAUGUACACCUGGGUUUCAAGCCUUACAUCUGUGAUGUCUGCAAUAAAGCCUUCAGUCAGUCGACUAACCUGCGACAGCACAUGCGUAUACACACGAGUGAACGUCCAUAUGUUUGUGGGGAAUGUGGGUGCAGAUUUGCGCAUUCGUCCAACUUAGCACUGCAUCGCAUCUCGCACAUAGAAGGAAAGGGAAAGGGUGCUGGAGGGGCCAGCUCAGGGUCAGCUCCUCGAGAGGUGGUGCUGACAGAUGAUUUGAACACCGUUGGGAUGACCAUUUCUGAAAUGGUUGGUCUUGUGGGUGGACAGGAGGGAGGGGUUGGGCAGGUGUUCCUGUCUCACAGUGCACCCUCACCUGCUACCUCAAGCACAGCCCAUCAAAAUCACCUUCCCCAGCUUACACUCACACCCACUUCCUCCGAUAUCACAGUCACGGAGCAUUUGCAUGUUAAUAAGACAGACACUGGCGCUAGUGUUUUGCUGUUUAGCUGUGGCAGUUGCAAUGAGACAUUUUCAACACAAAGUCACCUUGAGAAGCAUCAGGCACUACACCUGAACAGCCUUGGCCCAAGGACUGGGGGUGAAGUUGCAACAGAAAAUAGCACUGAGGCUGAGGGAAGUGAGAUGUCACUGGUAGGGACAACACCAUUGUUGGCUGAUUUUGAAGAGGUUGUUGAAACCACCACAGUUGUAGAUAGUGGGCAGAGGGCGGAGUUACUUGGUCUGGAUGGGGUCAGAAACAAAUCAGGACAGGCUCCAUUUGAUCUUCUGCAAAACUUCCCUACGUCUAUGCAUCGGAUGCCUUCUGAUUCUUGUGUGCUAAGUGCACAAUCUACAACAGAAUGUGCUGACUGUGGGAAGAGUUUCAAGACCAGCAGUGGACUGACACGACACAUGGCCCAGUUCCAUCCUCUCGCUCUGUCUGAGUCCCGUUCUCAAUACAACUGCUCGGCAUGUGACCGCUCCUUCUCGCUGCUCUCUUCUCUGCUCACCCACCAGCACUCCCACACUCCAGAGCAGAGAUUGCUUGCAGAGGCGGAGGCAGAAAUUGUCUGCCCCUCUCUCUCACUGCCCCUUCCCUCUUUAAAGAGAGAGGGAGAAGAUGGAGAAAGAGAGAUCCACGUCAGUCUAAUUGCGGUCACUAAGGAGGGAGAGAGACGAGCUGUAAAGCCAUCUGCCAAAGCAUCAGGAAAGGGAAGCAGGAGAGGUGGAGUUAGCAAGACAUCUGCCACAAAUAAUGAGAGGCCAUAUCGCUGCUCUGAGUGUGGGAAGUCAUUCAAAGGUUCAUCGGGACUUAGGUACCACAUGAGAGAUCACACUGGGGAGAGACCGUAUCGAUGCACAGAGUGUAGCAAGAGCUUCAAAAGGUCCUCACUGCUCUCCAUACACCAACGGGUCCACACAGGUGUGCGGGCUUUUCAGUGCCCCUACUGUCCACUGACCUUUAAGUGGAGCUCACACUACCAGUACCAUCUUCGCCAGCACACAGGCGAGCGCCCAUAUGUAUGUCAGGAAUGUGGCAAGUCUUUCAAGAACACCAGCUGUCUCCGUCGCCACAGUCAGCUCCAUUCUGGCCUACGUCCGCAUGCUUGUUCUGUGUGUAGUAAGACUUUCUCUCAGACCUCCAACCUCAAACAGCAUGAACGGACACAUUCCGGAGAGAGGCCCUUCCAGUGUUCUCAGUGCCACAAGAGCUUCACACACUCAUCCAAUCUGCAGCUGCACCUGCGCACACACUCCUUGCGCAAGGACUUCAAGUGUCAAAACUGUGUAAAAGAGUUUGUCACGUUCUCCUCCCUGCAGAGGCACCUGAGGACACAUAGUUCUGGGGGUGUAGUAGUAGGUACGAAGGAGGUGAAGAAGGUGGCUAAAGGUGGUGGGGCACCAGAGACAACAAUGCUGAGUUUAAACAUGAAUGUAAACGGUGGGCUUCCCUCAUUGUUUCCCACUGAUGGUUAUUCUACAUUGAUUAUUUCACCCCCAAAUCUAGACAUACCUCCAAACACAUCACAGAAUUAUUUCAUGAUCCAGACAAUGUCAGGGCUGCAGCUGAUCCCACUGUCCAAUCCCAUACCAACACAACCUGCCCCUCCUCCUCCACCACAACCACAGACUCAGAAUUUCCUGCUUCUUCAGUGCCAGUCUAACAAUGGAAACCAGCCUAGUCUGAUUCUAGUCCCCACAACAUCCAAUACAAACACUCUUUGCACCCCUUCAGAACCACAGUCCCUUCCAUUGUUGCAAACCAUUCCAGCACUGCCCCAAGUUUUGGCUCCAGCCCAACCUCAAAUCCAACAAUUUCAAUCAGUUCAGAUACAGCAGAGAUUUAUAUUGACCAAUAAUAAUCCUCCCCUCAGUACUUUGCAUCCCCAAAGCAUACCAAAAAUUGCUCAACCCAUUUUAGGCACUGUUAGUCGUACCAGGAAAGGAGGUACUAGGUGUGGACGGAAGCCUAAAGCUGCUAUCCAAACCACCCCCCCUGCCAUUAAGAAUAUAGCAGUCAAGCAACCAUUGAUGUCGUCAGCUGCAACUUCCACAUCUACCACAAUAUCCAUUGCCUCUUCUGUUGCUUCCUCAAGGACAGAGUUCCAGCAGCUUAAUGGUUAUGAUCUACCAGCUGUGUCAUCUGUCAGCUCUAGCCAAGUGCCUGAAAGCCCUAUUGUCCCUGCUGUUGGCAUUGUGUCAGUGGCACAAAACUCCUAUAAUUCUCAUGAUCUAAGAGGUGAUCCUGCGAGUUCUCCAGUCGAGGAGAAACCUGUUCAAGAAAUCUCGAGGGAGCGCUUUGUUUUGUGUUUAGAGAAAGGGAUGGAGGACGGAGGACAGGGUGAUGGGAUGGAGGUGAAGGUGGAGAUGGAGGGAGGGAGCAAUGCAGGGCGGUCAUAUGUCUUGCAGAUUGAAGAUGAGGGGCAGCAAGAAGGAGGAGGCAAUAGUGAGGGACUAAAACAAAAAUAUGUGCUUCGGUUUCAGACAGAGCACGAACAUGAGGGAGAUGGAGAAAGAGAGAAGUCUGAAAUGGUCUCUCUUAACCUUCUACGAGAGUGGACUGGUCAGAGCGAGGGGCAUAGAUCUGUUGAGACUGAAGGAAGUGUUGAAGAGAAGUCAUUUGUACUUCAUUUUCAAACUGAUCCUCAGGGUGAGGAGGACCUUCAGCCAAGCUCGGACUAUAUUGGAAGCUUAGGUGAGGAUCUCAGCCUUUCUUGCCAUCCUGCCCGAGCCUUGGUGCCUCUAGAAGGGCAGGAUGUGGUUUUUGAGCUAGGUAAUAAAACUAAAAUGGAUGUGAGCACAGGCCCUGGAGACAGUGUUCAAAUGAUUGCACUGAUAGAAGGUGAGGGGAACAGCUCUAGGGGAGGGGGUGGUUUUAAAGGGGCUGUUGAGGCAAACUCUGGGCAAAUGGAGGGAAUAUUUCAGUUAGAGGGAGGAGAGGGCAUUGUUAUAAUUGAAGUUAGCACCAGCAGUUUGGGAGACGGUGGAAUAGAAUCAGCAGAAGUAGGACAUACUUUAGUGGAAGAAAAUGAGGAAAGGCAAACUAAUUACACACAUGAAGCACAAGAGGAAGUAACAUUAGAGGAGACAAAAGUUCAUGAGGUCGAGAGCAUAUAAUAAUUGGAGAUCGGAAUGAUCAAAACUUCAGGCUAAAUAUGACAUAACUGUUUUUUAGUUUAACUGGCUUUAACACAAAUCACACCUUUAUGACACUUCAUGUCCAAACUAUUCAUAUGAAGUAGUGGUUGUCUCUCUGUUAUUAUAAAGUGUUCCUUUUGGAUGGUGAUUAAAAGUUACAGACAGGAACCAAAUGUCAGUAUUGUAGCUGUAGGACCAACACAGGACCUACAAGAAUGUUGGAUCCUAAAGUAUAUAAAUCAACGUUGACUUUUCCCUUGCACAAAUAGACAUCUGUAGAACACCACGGUUUCUUCUUACUCUGGUGUUUUUACCUUCAGACUGCACUUCAUGAGGAUAAAGCAUAUUGCUUGGAAGUUGCAGAACUUUGUUCACCUGGCCCCUAUGGGGAGCUGUUUCACAAACCACAAUCAUCAGAUACAACCCGGCUGAAAAUAAUGGUUUCUGUUUGAAGGAAGUCUCUGGUGCUCUUCUACAUCCAGGGUGCACUGAAAAGAGAAAUAAUUUAUGAUCUAUUUUUAAUUAUAAACUAUAUUCAGAUAUGCUGUCAUGUUGACAGUGACUGUACAGAGUGAACUUUUGUAAAUAUGUCUACUCUAUUUGUUUUCAUUUUUCAUAUUG